GAAUCCAAUCAAGCGCCCCACUCCAUGCUUUUCCCUUUGCUGAAGAAUUAUACAUGCAUGACAGAGCUAGUCAGUAGACGGCCUCUCUCGGUUAUAAAUACAGCCAUGGAGGGAUAGCUCGGAUUCCCCCUUCUUCCCUCGAGUCUCUGUCUCUCAUCCAAACCUUGAUAGUUUAUGGGUGGUGGCCUCUUAUUCUAGGCCGACCUCCCUGUACUGUCGCACUCGUCUCUCAUCACUGUAGUACUAAACUGGAGCUGGAGGAGCAGUACUAAUACUGACGGGUAGCUGUGCUGUAAUGACACUGCGUACCUCUCCUCCUUGCCCUCGCCAUUACUGACCACCAAACAGAGCUGCAUUGCUUCGAGGACAUGGGGAUUCAAAGAAUCUGUGUGGUCGUCGCUCUGCUCUGCAUAUGCCUGAGAGAGGGCGGAGCUGUGACAUUCACGUUCGUGAACAAAUGCACGGGGACGGUGUGGCCGGGCAUCCUGUCGAACGCCGGGACGGCGCCCAUCGAGCCGACUGGCUUCGCGCUCCCACCCGGCGCGGCCCGCCCGCUGCCGUUCCCGACGGGGUGGUCGGGCCGUCUGUGGGCGCGCACGGGGUGCGCGCAGGACGCCGCGGGGAGGUUCACCUGCGCGACGGGCGACUGCCGCACGGGCACGCUGGAGUGCUCGGGCCGGGACGGCGCGACGCCCGCCACGCUGGCGGAGUUCACGCUGGACGGCGGCGGGCACAACGACUUCUACGACGUGAGCCUGGUGGACGGCUACAACCUGCCGAUCCUGGUGGAGCCGGCGGGGAGCAGCGGCAACACGGGCAUGACCUGCGCGGCGGCGGGGUGCUCGGCGGACCUGAACCUGCGGUGCCCCGCGGAGCUGCGGUCCGCGGGCGGCGGCGCGUGCCGGAGCGCGUGCGACGCGUUCGGGCGGCCGGAGUACUGCUGCAGCGGCGCGUUCGCGAACCCGAGCACCUGCCGCCCCACCGCCUACUCGCAGGCGUUCAAGCUGGCGUGCCCGCGCUCCUACAGCUACGCCUUCGACGACCCCACCUCCACCUUCACCUGCGCCGGCGGCCGCGACUACACCAUCACCUUCUGCCCCGUCGCCACCCCGAGCCUCAAGUCGGCGGGCGGAGCAACGGUCACGCCGACGCCGACGCCGACGGUGCCGGGCGCCACCGCGUUCGCGCCUCCGGGGAUGCCGAGGCAAGGCGCUGGGGACAACGGCCAGGGCGUGAUACUGGGGGACACCUCCUGGCUCGCCAACCUCGCCACAGGCGACGCGUCGGCGGCGGCGACGACGUCCAGGAGGAUGGCCAUGAUCCCGGCCGCCCCGCUCGCCCUGUUCUUGCUCCAGCUGAUUCUAUAGCAUUAGACCAUCACAGAACCAACGACAGAAUUAGCAGGGAGGUUUUGGUCAGAAUAGAACGUUGGUUGGACGUCGGCACGGGCCAACAGAGCGACAGCGAACAGGCGCGCUCCCCUGCCGUUGUGCUCCAUGGCUCAAGGAG